AGCCUCGUCCACUUGGAGCGGCGUUGGGUUUCCUUGAGGACCUUGGUGAGGUUUGGAACAGUAAAGGGUCUUAGGUUUGCACAAGACACAUCCAACCAUGUCGGACGCGGUGGUUAGUUUCAUGAAGGACUUUUUGGCUGGUGGCAUUGCCGCUGCCAUCUCCAAAACAGCAGUCGCUCCCAUUGAAAGAGUCAAGCUGUUGCUGCAGGUCCAGCAUGCCAGCAAACAGAUCACCGUAGACAAACAGUACAAAGGCAUAAUUGACUGUGUGGUUAGGAUCCCGAAGGAACAGGGCUUCAUAUCCUUCUGGAGAGGCAACCUGGCCAAUGUGAUCCGUUACUUCCCCACCCAAGCCUUGAACUUCGCCUUCAAAGACAAGUACAAGAAGAUCUUCCUCGGGGGAGUGGAUCAGAAAACACAGUUCUGGCGUUACUUUGCUGGUAACUUGGCAUCCGGCGGUGCCGCUGGUGCAACUUCUCUUUGCUUCGUCUACCCUCUUGACUUCGCCAGAACAAGGCUCGCCGCUGACAUCGGUAAAGGCGCAACUGAGAGAGAGUUCACCGGUCUUGGAAAUUGCAUCGCUAAAAUCUACAAAACCGAUGGCCUUAAAGGUCUUUACCUGGGAUUCAAUGUGUCAGUUCAGGGCAUUAUCAUCUACAGAGCGGCCUACUUCGGCUGCUUCGACACAGCCAAAGGUAUGCUGCCAGAUCCAAAGAACACGCACAUCGUCGUCAGCUGGAUGAUUGCGCAGACUGUCACCGCUGCAGCUGGUCUCAUCUCAUACCCAUUCGACACCGUCAGACGUCGUAUGAUGAUGCAGUCUGGACGCAAAGGAGCUGACAUCAUGUACAAGGGCACAAUCGACUGCUGGAGGAAGAUCCUCAAGGACGAGGGAGGAAAUGCCUUCUUCAAGGGCGCCUGGUCCAACGUGAUCAGAGGCAUGGGUGGUGCCUUUGUGCUGGUGCUGUACGAUGAGAUCAAGAAGUACUCACAGUAAACCUUCAAACCUCACAGUCCCAGAGGAAACCGUUCACUUUGUUUGAGUCUUAAUUCAUGUGAGAGAGAGAGAGAGAGAGAGAGUGAUAACAGAGAGAGUGAUAACGGCAUCAGCAUGAGCUGCAGCCGGGGAAGAAAAGAAGGGUUAACAUGCCUUCUCACAAAUCUGUAUAUAUCCCAUCUACAAUGUGCCAAAGGGCACAGACAAACUUUCAGUGUGCCCAAGUCAAGCCGUUGGUUCAGUGGAGACGUGACGACACAAAGGGAAUCGUCACUACAUACUCGAUGUUAGUCAGUUUGUGAAGCAGUUGCAGAGGCUUUGUAUUGUUAUGUUGAGACCACUCCGACCCAUGUAUCCCACCUUAUACAUUAUUUUAUUAAGAAUAAAAGUUUAUUAGUCUAA